AUGGCUAAGAAAGGAGGCGAAAACUCAAAGAAGGCCGCAGGAAACGCCAGAAAGGCCGAAAACGCCAACAAAAAAAAACAGGCCGCCAUGGAGGCCGCUGAGGCAGAGGAGGCUGCACAAUGGGAGGAUGGAGCCAAGAAGGGCAACAAGAAGAAAGAAGAAGAGAGAUUGAAAAAAGAAGAAGCCGCCAGAAAGAAAGCCGAGCGUGAUGCUCUUCUAGCCGCAGAGGAGUCGGUGUUGCCCACCAAGGGCCAGAAGGAUAAGCAAAGAGGUGCUGCCAAGGUUGCCGCUAGAAGAACAGGCAAGAUCGACGAUUUCCUCGACUUCAACAGCGACAAGCCCGAGUUGAGCGCCUCUGGUAUCGACAAUGCGUUGGAGGCGUUGUCAUUGACAGGGAAAGACGGCGGUGUUGCCGCCAAGGAUAUCGAGAGACACCCAGAGAGAAGAGUGAAGGCUGCAUACGCAGCGUACGAGGAAAGAAGGUUGCCUGAGAUCAAGAAGGAAAACCCUGGGUUGCGUCAGCAGCAGAUGAAGCAGAUCAUUUUCAAGGAGUUCCAGAAGUCGCCUGAGAACCCUAUGAACCAGGCCAGCAAUGUUCUGUACAAUGCCACGGUUGAUGAUGUGGCGGCGAAGAAGAAGGAGUUGCGGAGCCAGAAGGAAAAGAAGUUUACUUAG